AUGAAAAAUUCCAAAAAAACCCUACUCAUUGUAAGCGUGGUUUUGCAGGAAUGCCGAUCCUCACUCAGACCUAUAAACGAUUCAACAAUGUCUUAUCUGCUGAAAGUCAUAUUUAGAAGUAAUUAAAACCCAUGAUUUCAAGUUCAUACCAUCGAUCUUCAAUGCUUUUACUCAUCCAGACUCCAUUUACAAUCCGACUCUACAAUUCAAAUAGGUUAAAUUUGGAGUCAAAUUAGUAUAUAAAAUGUGUAAUUUCACAUUGAAGAUAAUAUAUCAUAUAAUCUAUGAGACAAAAUUGAAGUAGAUUAUUUUACUAUUACAAUUGGUUCUAUCUACACAAAGCCUAUAAGUCUAGUAUGCGUAAAUUAGCAGGUAGAUUUACAUAGAAUUACUGAGUUUAAAAAAUUCAACAAAGGAUUUUUGAAUCUUAAUCAUUCUUAUAGUUGGCUAUGAUGAGUUGAAUUAGCAUACGAAUCAAAGCCUCUUAUAAAUAGAAAACUGAAGCUCUAAUUACACUGAAAUGUAGGGGUGAUUAAUUUCUUAUAAUUUGAAGCAUCCCUCUAAGCAGAUUUAAUCAUAUAGGAAACCUAACACCUAUAUAAUAUCCUUAUUUGGAUGAAAGACAGACUUUGAAUUUGAAACUUUCUCUUUCG